GGAGUCUCUCUCUCUCUCUCUAGCAAAAGCAAACCUAAACGACAUUCUUUGCUCUCUCUAUAGUGCAAAGAACAUUCUUUGCUCUCUCUAUAGUGCAAAGAAGAUCUUCAUACUAUACUGCAAACAAUAUUCUUUGCUCUCUCUAUAGUGCAAAGAACAUUCUUGGCUCUCUUUAUAGUGCAAAGAAGAUCUUAAUACUAUACUGCAAACAAUAUUCUUUGCUCUCUCUAUAGUGAUUGCAAAAAAAUAUAGAGUCUCUCUCUCUCUAUAGAUCGAGAUCUUCAUACUAUACUGCAAUUCGCAAGAGAAUAAUAUAGCGAAGUCGGUAAAAUGGCUGAUGACAGUAAGGCAACUGAGAACCAUAACCUCACUUCUGAUAAUAACUUAUCAUCAGAGAGCGGUAAGGAGGUAUCAAUUGAUUCCUUAGCACGACAAGUGCAAGAAUCUCUGUCACUGGCAAAGAGGCAUAAGUUUUGGGAGACCCAACCAGUGGGCCAGUUUAAGGAUCUUGGAGUUUCAAGCUUGCCUGAAGGUCCUAUUGAACCCCCAACACCUUUAUCUGAAGUUAAACAGGAGCCAUACAAUCUUCCUGGUCCAUAUGAGUGGACUACCUGUGAUUUGGACUCAGAAGAUACGUGUAAUGAGGUCUAUGUUCUGCUAACAAACAAUUAUGUUGAAGAUGAUGAGAACAUGUUUAGAUUCAAUUACUCCAAGGAGUUCCUUCGAUGGGCACUACAUCCUCCAGGUUACUAUAAGAGCUGGCAUAUUGGAGUCAGAGUGAAGACCUCGAAAAAAUUGGUUGCUUUUAUCACAGGGGUACCUGCAAGGAUACGCGCUAGAGAUACUGUAGUUGUCAUGGCGGAGAUCAACUUUCUGUGUGUUCAUAAGAAGCUUAGAUCAAAAAGACUUGCUCCUGUCAUGAUAAAGGAGGUCACGAGGAGAGUUCACUUGGAAAACAUUUGGCAAGCGGCUUAUACAGCUGGGGUGGUCCUUCCGACACCUGUAUCAACAUGUCAAUAUUGGCAUAGAUCUUUGAAUCCAAAAAAGCUUAUCGAUGUCGGGUUUUCUAGGCUUGGCCCGAGGAUGACAAUGAGCCGCACAAUGAAGCUUUACAAGUUACCUGAUCACACUGUCACACCUGGUUUCAGAAAGAUGGAGCCUCAUGAUGUUCCUGCUGUUACUCGGCUGCUUAGGAAUUACUUGAAGCAGUUUGUGGUUGCACCUGAUUUUGAUGAAAAUGACGUGGAGCACUGGGUUCUGCCAAAGGAGGGUGUUGUUGACAGCUAUCUGGUUGAAAGCCCCGAGACUCAUGAAAUCACUGACUUCUGUAGUUUUUACACCCUCCCUUCAUCAAUUCUUGGUAAUCAGAAUUAUUCCACUCUGAAGGCUGCUUAUUCUUAUUACAAUGUUUCCACUAAAACUCCAUGGAUUCAGCUGAUGAAUGAUGCUCUCAUUGUGGCAAAGAUAAAGGAUUUUGACGUUUUCAACGCCCUAGAUGUUAUGCAUAAUGAAACUUUCUUGAAGGAACUAAAGUUUGGCCCUGGUGAUGGGAAACUCCACUACUAUCUCUACAACUAUCGAAUAAAUCAUGUUUUAAGACCAUCAGAACUUGGGCUAGUAAUGUUGUAGCUUGUGCUCGGGAGAUUAUUGCCUGCCUGGGAAGCAGUUUUGGUAAUGUGUGCUCGGUCUCGUAUUAGGGCCCCUUAAUUGCCCUUUUAAACUUUUUGCAUCCAUGAAUAGAUUAAGGCGCCAGUGUGAAACUUCUGAACAUAGUUUUGUGCUUAAUUUAAUUGUACUUUAUGAUGUCUGAUCUUCCAUAGUUCUUCCAUGUUGAUCCCAAGAUCUCAAGUGUUCAGAACUAUGGAGAAAGAAUGUGUUAAUUACCUUAUUUCUUGUUAA